AUGGAUCUCGGCCUCAAAAAGGCGGAUGCGCACGCAACAUGCGAAGCUGAAGGGCUCGCUCUGGCCAGUUCUGGUCAGAACGAAUCACCACUGAGAGAAAUUGUCGCAGCACAGGCGCGACGAAAGACUGAUUGGAUUAUUGUUCCUAUGGCCUCGCUGAUGUUUCUCUUUUGCUUCAUCGACCGCGCCAACAUCGGAAAUGCCCGGCUCGCUGACUUUGAGUCGAACCUUGGCUUGCAAGGCAACGACUUCAACUCAGUAAAUAGCAUUUUCUACAUCUCUUAUAUCCUAUUUGAGAUUCCGGCCGUUAUCCUUUGCAAGAAAAUGGGACCAGCAUGGUUCUUACCAUUGAUCACGGUACUGUUUGGUCUGGUCUCUAUCGCCAGCGGUUGGGUCCAGAACUACCCACAGCUAGCUGGUACUCGCUUUGCUCUUGGCAUCGCGGAGUGUGGCCUGAUGCCUGGCCUUUCAUAUUACUUGUCACGAUGGUAUACUCGUGCAGAACUGACUUUUCGUCUUUCUAUCUACAUUUCUAUGGCGGCUGUUUCGGGAGCCAUCGGAGGUCUCCUAGCAUCCGGCAUUCUCAAGAUUCAGCAUUUCGGGAACUUCGGUGCGAGUUCGUGGCGUACAAUCUUUGUUCUUGAAGGAAUAGUCACAGUUGCCAUCGGUCUGGCGGCUCUGGCAGUCCUCCCUGAUCGUCCGGAGACUGCAUAUUUCCUGACGCCAACCGAGAAACACGUAGUCGUUGGCCGCAUCAUGGCUGAGAGGCCACAUGCCGGCGAUGCUAUCGACAAAAUGAGCACCAAGAAGCUUUGGCGGGGUGUGGCUAAUCCUGUAACAAUCGCCACUGCCAUAAUCUUCAUGCUCGAGAGCGUUACGGUCAAUGGCCUUGGUUUCUUCGCCCCGACCAUUGUCAAAACUAUAUUUCCCGACAAAACUGUCAUACAGCAACAGCUCUUAACUGUUCCGCCUUAUGUCGUUGGUACUGCAUCCGUCAUAACCGUGUGUUGGUUUAGCUGGCACUUCAAAACCCGACAGAUCUUCAUUAUCAUCUUUGUUACACCCGUGAUGGCAGGCUACCUAAUAUUCUUAGUCACACUGAACUCGGUUGCGCGGUACAUCGCAACAUUUCUCAUAGCAAGCUCGGCCUUCACCUUGGGGGCCCUAUGUCACGGGCAAGCGGCCGCCAACGUAAAUAGCGAUUCCGCGCGCAGCAUGGCAAUCGCUGUUACAAUGUUCUUUGGGAAUAUCGGAAGCCUAAUCUCAACUUGGGCUUUCCAGUCAUGGGAUGGGCCCGAAUAUCACAUUGGAAAUGGUCUCAACUUCGCAACUUCCAGUGCAAUCGUUAUCAUUGGAUCCUCAGUACUGUUCUUUAUGAGGUGGGAUAAUAGACGGAGAGACAGAAUGAACGUCGAGGAUGAAUUUGUUGACUUGUCGGAUGAGGAGAUCCAGAACUUGGAGUGGAAGCAUCCCUCGUUUCGGUGGAGACCAUAG